AUGUCAGUUGAAAUAGAACCUGGCGAGCUCGGUUUCAAGCGGCCAUUCACUAAGGAAGUCAGCGAGAUUCUCUACCUGCGGAAUCCUAAUAGCGAUCCGGUUGCCUUCAAACUCCCCUCCCACAUCUCUCUUGAUCUUGGUUGUGGUCAGUCAUUAAUUCGCAAACCGAUAAUAGUUCUCCUCCAGGCGAUGAAAGAGGACCCCCCUCUUGACGCAAAGUGCCGUGAUAAAUUCCUUGUUCAGUCUGUCGCUGUCUCCGCUGAUAAGGAGUUCUCGAAUGUUGCCUCUAUUUGGCAGGAUGUUGAAAAGAAGUCCAAGUCUCUAAUCCAAGAGCGGAAAAUCCGAGUCAACUUCCUUCCCAGUGAAGACUCACAUACCAACGGAGUGGAGCCUGAUGCGGAACCUCAGCUACACUCCUCUCCCCAGGGGCCCCAGUUCACCACUCCUGUUGUUCAACGGUUCGGUUCAUCAACAACUGGCGGUAAUACCAGCCCACCUUCUAGGUCGGAGGAAAUAAAGCAAGAAAGCCCGUCUGAACCCUCACCCGAGACCGGUAACGUUUCUAACGUAGUCAAUUCAUCUACGCGUGCCGAACCCUCUCAAUCGAGCGACGACCUUCUCUCCUCGCAGCUAGCGGAAGCAAGAUUGCAAAUUAAGCAGCUACAGCAACAGUUAGCUGAUAAUGAAUUGAGGCAAAGAAAGAAACCGGCUGAAGGAGGCGAACUUUCCACCGGUCAAUCAUCCCUUAAGCAAGCCCAAGCCCCUGCUCAACUUGCUGCUGCAAGCGGAGUACCGCUACAAGCCGUAGCAGGUCUCUGCCUUCUCAGUUUUCUACUGGCGUAUAUCUUCUUCUAG